AUGGCAGCUAUGGUCCCACCUGUGAAGCUGAAAUGGCUUGAACAUCUAAACAGCUCCUGGAUCACAGAAGACAGUGAAUCUAUUGCAACAAGGGAGGGAGUUUCUAUCUUGUACGCCAAGUUAGUCAGCAAUAAAGAAGUAGUGCCAUUGCCCCAGCAGGUUCUGUGCCUCAAAGGACCUCAGUUACCAGAUUUUGAGCGGGAAUCUCUAUCUAGUGAUGAACAGGAUCACUAUUUGGAUGCUCUUCUUAGCAGCCAGCUGGCACUGGCGAAGAUGGUGUGCUCAGACUCUCCAUUUGCUGGCGCGCUUCGGAAACGUCUCCUUGUGCUGCAGCGUGUCUUCUAUGCACUUUCUAAUAAAUAUCAUGAUAAGGGGAAGGUGAAACAACAGCAGCAUUCGCCAGAAAGCAGUUCUGGAUCAACAGACGUGCAUUCUGUCAGUGAACGUCCUAGGUCAAGUACAGAUGCGCUCAUAGAAAUGGGAGUUAGGACUGGAUUAAGCUUGCUGUUUGCACUGCUAAGACAGAGUUGGCUGAUGCCUGCAUCAGGACCUGGCCUCAGUCUUUGCAAUGAUGUUAUCCAUACUGCAAUAGAAGUCGUGAGCUCUUUACCGCCUUUAUCUUUAGCGAAUGAAAGCAAGAUUCCACCAAUGGGGUUGGACUGUUUAUCACAAGUAACAACAUUUCUUAAAGGAGUGACAAUUCCAAACUCUGGGGCAGACACUUUAGGUCGUAGAUUAGCUUCUGAAUUGCUUCUUGGUUUGGCUGCCCAACGAGGUUCCUUGCGGUAUCUUCUUGAAUGGAUAGAAAUGGCUUUAGGUGCUUCAGCUGUAGUAAACACCAUGGAGAAAACGAAGUUGCUGCAGAGCCCGGAAGGGAUGAUCAGCUUUGACUGCUUUAUGGGUAUAUUAACACAGAUGCGACGAUCUUUGGGGUCAUCCGCUGAUCGAAGUCAAUGGAGAGAGCCAACUAGAACAUCUGAUGGCUUAUGCUCUCUUUACGAGGCAGCUCUGUGUUUAUUUGAAGAGGUUUGUCGAAUGGCAUCAGACUAUUCAAGAACAUGUGCCAGCCCUGACAGCAUUCAAACGGGUGAUGCUCCCAUUGUUUCUGAGACCUGUGAAGUGUAUGUUUGGGGUAGCAACAGCAGUCAUCAACUGGUAGAAGGAACUCAAGAGAAAAUACUUCAACCCAAGCUUGCUCCAAGUUUUUCUGAUGCACAGACAAUUGAAGCUGGACAAUAUUGUACUUUUGUUAUUUCUACGGAUGGUUCUGUUAGAGCCUGUGGUAAAGGCAGCUAUGGGAGACUAGGACUGGGUGACUCCAAUAAUCAGUCCACGUUGAAAAAAUUGACUUUUGAGCCUCAUAGGUCCAUUAAAAAAGUGUCAUCUUCAAAAGGAUCUGAUGGUCACACUUUAGCAUUUACAACAGAAGGGGAAGUCUUCAGCUGGGGUGAUGGUGACUAUGGAAAACUGGGACAUGGAAAUAGUUCAACUCAGAAAUAUCCCAAACUUAUUCAGGGUCCUCUGCAAGGAAAGGUGGUUGUGUGUGUAUCAGCUGGAUACAGACAUAGCGCUGCUGUGACAGAAGAUGGAGAGCUGUAUACAUGGGGAGAAGGAGAUUUCGGAAGAUUAGGUCACGGUGACAGCAACAGCCGCAACAUUCCAACUUUAGUAAAAGAUAUUAGCAAUGUCGGAGAGGUUUCCUGUGGCAGUUCUCACACAAUUGCUCUGUCCAAAGAUGGGAGAACGGUAUGGUCAUUUGGAGGAGGAGAUAACGGCAAACUUGGUCAUGGUGAUACAAACAGAGUAUAUAAACCUAAAGUUAUAGAAGCCUUGCAAGGAAUGUUUAUUCGAAAAGUUUGUGCUGGGAGCCAGUCUUCGCUUGCCUUGACAUCAACAGGGCAGGUUUACGCGUGGGGCUGCGGUGCAUGCCUUGGCUGUGGCUCUUCAGAGGCAACUGCUCUCAGACCCAAGCUUAUUGAAGAGCUGGCUGCUACAAGAAUAGUUGAUAUUUCAAUUGGUGACAGUCACUGCUUGGCACUUUCUCAUGAUAAUGAAGUUUAUGCUUGGGGUAACAAUUCAAUGGGACAGUGUGGUCAGGGAAACUCUACUGGUCCCAUUACUAAGCCGAAGAAAGUAAGUGGUUUAGAUGGAAUUGCAGUUCAACAAAUUUCAGCGGGAACAUCCCAUAGCCUUGCCUGGACAGCUCUGCCAAGGGACAGGCAAGUUGUGGCAUGGCACAGACCCUAUUGUGUAGACCUUGAAGAAAGUACCUUUUCGCAUCUUCGCUCUUUUCUUGAGCACUACUGUGACAAAAUAAACAGUGAAAUUCCCCCUCUUCCUUUUCCUUCUUCAAGGGAACAUCACAAUUUUCUAAAACUGUGUUUGAAGCUUCUUUCUAAUCAUCUUGCACUUGCACUGGCUGGAGGUGUAGCUACUAGCAUUCUUGGCCGGCAAGCUGGUCCUCUUCGAAAUUUGUUGUUUAGACUGAUGGACUCUUCUGUCCCAGAUGAAAUUCAGGAGGUCGUAAUUGAGACUCUGUCAGUAGGAGCAACUAUGCUCCUUCCUCCAUUGCGAGAGAGAAUGGAAUUGCUACACUCUCUUCUACCCCAAGGUCCUGAUAGAUGGGAAAGCUUAUCAAAAGGACAGAGAAUGCAAUUGGAUAUUAUUCUGACAAGCUUGCAGGAUCACACCCAUGUAGCUUCCCUGCUCGGCUAUAGCUCACCAUCUGAUGCCACAGAAACUUCCUCGUUAUGUAUCAGCUAUGGAAAUCUCUCUGAUCAAACAUAUGCUGUCCAGAGCAGUCAUCCCGAUACUCAUCUAGCUGAAAUCUUAAUGAAGACUCUGCUAAGAAAUUUGGGGUUUUAUACAGACCAAGCCUUUGGAGAACUGGAAAAAAACAGUGAUAAAUUUUUGCUGGGUACAUCAUCCUCAGAAAACAGCCAACCUGCUCACCUUCAUGAGCUUUUAUGUUCACUGCAAAAACAGCUGCUAGCUUACUGCCACAUCAACAUAGUUAGUGAGAAUUCCAGCAGUGUGGCACUGCUUCACAAACACCUUCAGCUUUUAUUGCCUCAUGCUACAGAUAUUUAUUCCCGUUCUGCAAUGCUGCUUAAGGAAAGCUCUUGGAAUGGUAGUGUUGGGGAAAAACUGAGAGAUGUGAUUUAUGUAUCGGCUGCUGGCAGUAUGCUCUCUCAGAUUGUCAACUCAUUAUUGUUACUGCCAGUAUCAGUAGCUCGGCCUUUGUUGAGUUACCUGCUAGAUCUGCUGCCACCCUUAGAUCGUCUUAAUAGACUGUUACCUGCUGCAGCCCUUUUGGAAGAUCAAGAAUUACAGUGGCCACUUCAUGGUGGACCUGAAUUAAUUGACCCUGCUGGAGUGCCCUUGCCCCAGCCUGCCCAGUCUUGGGUAUGGCUUGUUGAUCUCGAGAGAACUGUAGCUUUGCUUAUUGGGCGCUGUCUUGGUGGCAUGCUGCAAGGACCUGCAGUGUCCCCUGAGGAACAGGAUACAGCAUAUUGGUUGAAAACUCCGCUUUUCAGUGAUGGAGUGGAAAUGGAUAUUCCUCAUUUAGACAAAUGCAUGAGCUCCUUGUUAGAAGUGGCCCUGUCAGGAAAUGAGGAGCAGAAGCCAUUUGAUUAUAAGCUGAGACCUGAGAUUUCUGUCUACGUUGAUUUGGCCUUGGGUUGUACAAAAGAACCAGCCAGGAGCCUCUGGAUCAGCAUGCAAGACUAUGCUGUUAGUAAAGAUUGGGAUACUGCAACUUUAAGCAAUGAGUCGCUCUUGGAUACUGUGUCCAGAUUUGUUCUUGCAGCUCUGCUGAAACAUACAAGUUUACUUAGCCAAGCUUGUGGUGAGAGCAGGUACCAGCCUGGCAAAUCCUUGGCAGAAGUAUACCGUUGUGUAUAUAAAGUUCGGAGUCGCUUGCUUGCCUGUAAAAACAUGGAACUUAUCCAGACUAGAUCAUCCUCAAGAGACAGAUGGAUGUUAGAUAACCAAGAAUCUGCUGAUGUUGAUACUCAAGAACAUUCUUUCACUCGUACAAUUGAUGAAGAAGCAGAGAUGGAAGAGCAGGCAGAACGUGACAGAGAAGAAGGACACCCAGAACAAGAAGAUGAGGAGGAGGAAAGAGAACAUGAAGUUAUGACAGCUGGUAAAAUAUUUCAAUGUUUUCUAUCAGCCCGUGAAGUAGCUCGCAGUCGGGAUCGAGAUAGGAUGAACACUGGGACAGGGACUAGGCUUGAAGAUCCUCCAGCUCAGUCUCAGCAGGAGCGAAGAAUCAGCACUGAUCUGACAGAAGGUCAAGAUGUCUAUACUGCUGCAUGCAACUCGGUGAUCCACAGGUGUGCCAUGUUGAUCUUAGGAGUAAGCCCUGUUAUCGAGGAGCUCCAGAAGCGAAGGGAGGAUAGACAGUUACAGCAGCCUCCCUCUGCUGCUCCGGAGGGGAUCGGACUCAUGACCAGGAGUGAAAGUCUUUCUGCAGAAAGUCGCUCAAUCCAUGCAAACUCAAACUACAGACUGAUGAAGUCAAGAAGUGAAUCUGAUUUAUCUCAGCCAGAAUCAGACGAGGAAGGUUAUUCAUUGAGUGGAAGACGAAAUGUUGAUUUGGAUUUGGCAUCAUCACACAGAAAGAGAGGAGCAGUACGUGGGCAGGUGGAACCUUUAAGUGACUCAUGGGCUCGACUAAAACACAGCAGAGAUUGGUUAUACACUUCCUCCUACUCAUUUGUUGAGUCCGAUUUUGAUCUCUCAAGAUCCCUUGGAGUUCAUACUUUGAUUGAAAAUGUUGUCAGCUUUGUAAGUGGAGAUGUGGGAAACUCGCCAGGAUUUAAGGAACCAGAGGAAAGCAUGUCCACUAGUCCACAAGCAUCAAUAAUUGCAAUGGAGCAGCAGCAGUUGAGGGCUGAGCUUCGUCUGGAAGCACUUCAUCAGAUUUUAGUGCUUCUAUCAGGGAUGGAGGAAAAAGGUAGUGUGCCAUUACUGGGAAGUCGUCAGAUAGCAGGAUUUCAGUCUUCUUCAUUGCUUACUUCUGUUAGACUACAGUUUCUUGCUGGCUGCUUUGGUCUGGGCACUGUAGGACAUGCAGGUGCCAAAGGAGAGAGUGUGAGACUGCAUCACUACCAGGAUGGUAUCAGAGCAGCUAAGAGAAGUAUUCAAAUUGAAAUCCAGGUAGCUGUGCACAAAAUUUACCAGCAAUUAUCUGCUACGUUAGAAAGAGCUCUGCAAGCUAAUAAGCAUCACACAGAAGCACAACAGCGUCUUCUGUUGGUAACAGUCUUUGCUCUAAGUGUACACUAUCAGCCUGUUGAUGUCUCCUUGGCUAUUUCCACUGGCCUGCUAAAUGUGCUAUCACAGUUGUGUGGCACAGACACCAUGUUAGGACAACCACUGCAGCUGCUGCCCAAAACUGGUAUUUCUCAGCUCAGCACAGCUUUGAAAGUAGCCAGUACAAGACUACUUCAGAUCCUUGCGAUCACCACAGGAACCUAUGCUGACAAACUGAGCCCAAAGGUGGUCCAGUCUUUGCUGGAUUUACUAUGCAGUCAACUGAAGAACUUGUUAUCACAAGCUGGGGUGAUGCUUAUGGCUUCCUUUGGAGAAGGGGAAGGUGAGGAAGACGAAGUAGAAUCAAAAAAGACAGAGUCAAAUGGGGAUAAUGAGAAGAGAGACUUCAGAGCUGCUCUCCGAAAGCAACAUGCAGCGGAAUUGCACUUGGGAGACUUUCUUGUUUUCCUGCGUAGAGUUGUGUCUUCAAAAGCAAUACAGUCAAAAAUGGCAUCUCCAAAGUGGACAGAAGUACUUCUUAAUAUUGCUUCACAGAAGUGCUGCUCAGGAGUUCCCUUGGUUGGCAAUUUGAGGACUAGACUUCUUGCACUUCAUGUACUAGAAGCUGUAUUACCUGCUUGUGAAUCUGGCGUUGAAGAUGAUCAAAUGGCUCAGGUUGUGGAACGGUUAUUCUCGCUUCUGUCUGACUGCAUGUGGGAGACUCCAAUAGCUCAGGCUAAACAUGCCAUUCAAGUGAAGGAGAAAGAACAAGAAAUUAAGCUGCAGAAGCAAGGAGAGUCUGAAGAUGAAGAUGAGAAUCUUCCCAUACAGGAGGUGUCAUUUGACCCGGAGAAAGCUCAGUGCUGCAUAGUGGAGAAUGGGCAGAUUCUGACUCACGGGAGUGGGGGUAAAGGAUAUGGUUUAGCAUCCACUGGAGUUACUUCUGGGUGUUACCAGUGGAAGUUCUACAUUGUGAAGGAGAAUCGAGGCAAUGAAGGCACGUGUGUGGGAGUUUCUCGCUGGCCAGUACAUGACUUCAACCAUCGCACUACCUCAGAUAUGUGGCUGUAUAGAGCCUAUAGUGGUAACCUUUAUCACAAUGGCGAGCAAACUUUGACUCUGUCCAGCUUUACUCAAGGAGAUUUCAUCACAUGCGUGUUAGAUAUGGAAGCAAGGACUAUUUCCUUUGGUAAAAAUGGAGAGGAGCCAAAGCUGGCUUUUGAAGAUGUGGAUGCAGCAGAGUUGUACCCUUGUGUUAUGUUCUAUAGCAGUAAUCCAGGAGAAAAGGUGAAAAUCUGUGACAUGCAGAUGCGUGGUACCCCAAGAGAUUUGCUACCUGGUGACCCCAUCUGUAGUCCUGUUGCUGCAGUGCUGGCGGAAGCCACUAUCCAACUCAUUCGCAUCCUUCAUCGCACAGACCGUUGGACACACUGCAUCAAUAAAAAAAUUAUGGAAAGACUGAAUAAAAUCAAAACAUGUCUUAAAGAAGCAGGCCAAAAGCUGAAGAAAAGUCGCUCAGUUCAAAGUCGAGAAGAGAAUGAGGUGAGAGAGGAGAAAGAAAAUAAAGAGGAAGAGAAAAGCAAGCACAGUAGGCAUGGUCUGGCUGACCUGUCAGAACUGCAGCUGAAGAUGCUCUGUGUGGAAGUGUGGCCUGUUCUAGCAGUAAUUGGUGGAGUUGAUGCUGGUCUGAGAGUUGGAGGUCGAUGUGUGCACAAGCAGACUGGACGUCACGCCACCUUGCUUGGGGUAGUGAAGGAAGGCAGCACAUCCGCCAAGGUCCAAUGGGAUGAAGCAGAGAUUACUAUCAGCUUCCCAACUUUUUGGUCGCCUAGUGAUACUCCAUUGUAUAAUCUGGAGCCCUGCGAACCGCUGCCUUUUGAUGUUGCAAGAUUUCGUGGGCUGACAGCUACUGUGUUGCUGGACCUUACCUAUCUGACUGGUAUUCAUGAAGAUACGGGAAAGCAAAGCACCAAGAGACAUGAGAAAAAACACAGACAUGAAUCUGAAGAUAAAGGGGAAUUGGACCAGAAAAUAGAGGGUGAUGUUGUAUCAGAUAUAAGAUUAGGACAAAGUGCUGAUGAUAACAAAGGACAUAGCACUACAAGCUUGAAGUCAGAAAAUGAAAUUGCUUCCUUUUCGUUAGAGCCAUCAACGCUGGGUAUGGAAUCCCAACACCAAGCUGCAGAAGGAAGAAAAAAGAACCAUGAACAUACUUCAAGAAAUCAUGACAUAGUGCAGUCAGAAAUCAGGGCAGUACAGCUAUCUUAUCUUUAUCUUGGUGCUAUGAAGUCACUUAGUGUUCUUCUUAGUUGUAGUAAAUACGCUGAACUACUUUUAAUACCAAAAGUCCUGGCAGAAAAUGGUCACAACUCGGAUUGUGCUAGUUCUCCGGUUGUUCAUGAAGACGUUGAAAUGCGUGCUGCCUUGCAGUUCCUGAUGCGGCACAUGGUGAAACGGGCAGUCAUGCGUUCACCGAUUAAGAGAGCUCUAGGACUGGCAGAUUUGGAACGAGCACAAGCCAUGAUCUACAAAUUAGUGGUUCAUGGGCUGCUGGAGGAUCAGUUUGGUGGCAGACUGAAACAAGAAGUAGAUCAACAAGCAGAAGAAGGCGAUCAGUCUCAGCAAGCCCAAACACCAGUUACAACUAGCCCUUCUGCUUCUAGCACGACGUCUUUCAUGAGCAGCUCCCUGGAGGAUACUACCACUGCUACUACUCCAGUAACUGAUACUGAAACAGUUCCAGCUUCGGAAUCACCUGGUGUUAUGCCUCUCAGUCUGCUUAGGCAAAUGUUCUCCAGUUAUCCUACUACAACUGUACUUCCAGCACGACGUGCUCAGACUCCUCCAAUAUCCUCUUUACCAACAUCUCCUUCAGAUGAAGUUGGAAGGAGACAAAGUUUGACUUCUCCUGAUUCCCAGUCUGCGAGACCUGCCAAUCGUACAGCUUUGUCUGAUCCAAGCAGUCGACUUUCAACAUCCCCUCCUCCUCCUGCCAUUGCUGUUCCGUUGUUAGAAAUGGGCUUCUCCCUCAGGCAGAUUGCAAAAGCUAUGGAAGCUACAGGUGCCAGAGGAGAAGCAGAUGCACAGAAUAUCACAGUGCUGGCCAUGUGGAUGAUAGAGCACCCUGGAAAUGAAGAUGAUGAAGAGCCCCAGUCAGAAGGGACUGCAGAUUCACGACAUGGGACAACAGUCUCUGGAAGUGGUGGAAAAUCUGGUGAUCAUUGUUAUUUGCAGUCACCAGGUGAUAUCCCUUCUGCUGAUGCCACUGAAAUGGAGGAAGGCUUUAGUGAAAGCCCUGAUAAUAUGGAUCACGUGGAUAACGCAGCUUCUGCCAGUGGACCUCCUUCUAGAAGUCGUUCCGCUGUAACGAGAAGACACAAAUUUGAUUUAGCUGCCCGGACAUUGCUAGCACGUGCGGCGGGAUUAUACCGCUCUGUACAGGCCCACAGGAAUCAGAGUCGGAGAGAAGGGAUAUCUUUGCAGCAAGAUCCAGGGGCGCUUUAUGACUUCAACUUGGAUGAAGAGUUGGAGAUUGACCUGGAUGAUGAAGCAAUGGAAGCUAUGUUUGGGCAGGACCUGGCUAGUGAUAAUGAUAUUCUGGGAAUGUGGAUCCCAGAGGUACUGGACUGGCCUACCUGGCAUGUUUGUGAAUCUGAAGACAGAGAAGAAGUAGUGGUUUGUGAGCUGUGUGAAUCCAGCGUUGUCAGCUUCAAUCAACACAUGAAGAGAAACCACCCGGGCUGCGGUCGCAGUGCGAAUCGCCAGGGCUAUCGUAGCAAUGGUUCUUACGUAGAUGGGUGGUUUGGUGGGGAAUGCGGAAGCGGAAAUCCUUACUACUUGUUGUGCGGUAUCUGCAGAGAGAAAUACUUAGCCCUGAAGAGUAAAUCUAAAACAUCAACUUCUGAAAGGUACAAAGGCCAGGCUCCUGAUCUAAUAGGUAAACAAGACAGUGUCUACGAAGAAGACUGGGAUAUGUUAGAUGUAGACGAAGAUGAAAAGCUGACAGGAGAAGAGGAGUUUGAAUUACUGGCUGGACCUCUUGGGUUAAACGAUCGCCGUAUUGUACCUGAACCUGUACAGUUCCCUGACAGCGACCCUCUGGGUGCUUCAGUUGCAAUGGUGACAGCCACCAACAGCAUGGAAGAAACAUUGAUGCAAAUAGGCUGUCAUGGCUCUAUAGAAAAAAGUUCUUCUGGCAGGAUAACCUUAGGAGAACAAGCCGCUGCCUUAGUCAAUCCGCAUGACCGUGUGAUGGCUCUAAGAAGAGUGACAGCUGCCGCCCAAGUCCUCCUUGCAAGAACGAUGGUUAUGAGAGCGCUCUCACUUUUGUCUGUCAGUGGUUCCAGUUGUAGCCUGGCAGCUGGUCUUGAAUCCUUGGGAUUAACAGAUAUCAGAACUUUGGUCCGUUUAAUGUGCCUCGCUGCAGCAGGGAGAGCAGGCCUCUCCACGAGUCCAUCCACUAUCUCAAGUUCAACAGAGAGAGCUAGAGGAAUACACAGCAAAACAAGCAAGCCUAUAUCUUGCCUGGCCUAUCUGAGUACAGCAGUGGGCUGUUUGGCAUCAAACACUCCUAGUGCUGCAAAGCUGCUGGUACAGUUAUGCACACAGAAUUUGAUUUCUGCAGCAACCGGUGUAAACUUGACAACUGUUGAUGAUCCAAUUCAGCGAAAAUUUUUGCCGAGUUUUUUGAGAGGAAUUGCAGAAGAAAAUAAACUUGUCACAUCUCCAAAUUUUGUAGUUACUCAAGCACUUGUAGCAUUAUUGGCAGACAAAGGGGCCAAACUGAGGCCAAAUUAAAAUAAAGCAGAAAUUGAAAAGAAAGGCCCUCUGGAGCUGGCUAAUGCACUAGCAGCUUGCUGCCUCUCUUCAAGGUUAUCUUCACAGCAUAGGCAGUGGGCUGCUCAGCAGCUGGUGCGAACACUUGCAGCGCACGACCGAGAUAAUCAAAGUGUUCCUCAGACCCUCGCUGAUGUGGGGGGAGACUUACGAAAAUGUUCCUUCAUAAAACUAGAGGCUCAUCAGAACAGGGUCAUGACAUGUAUUUGGUGCAAUAAGAAGGGACUUUUGGCAACUAGUGGAAAUGAUGGAACCAUAAGAGUGUGGAACGUUACGAAGAAGCAGUAUUCAUUGCAACAAACGUGUGUGCUCAGCAAGCUAGAAGGUGAUUCUGAAGAAGGUCUGGGAUCACCCAGUGACCUUAGUUUGUCUCUUGUCUGUUGGAGCAUCAGUGGCAAGUACCUGGCUGGAGCUACGGAAAAGAUGGUGAACAUCUGGCAAGUCAAUGGAGGAAAAGGAUUAUUAGAUCUUCAGCCUCACUGGGUAUCUGCUCUAGCUUGGCCAGAAGAAGGGCCAGCUGCGGCGUGGACAGGAGAUGCUCCAGAAUUAUUAUUAAUCGGUCGUAUGGAUGGAUCGCUUGGUCUUAUUGAAGUUGUAGAUAUUUCAACCAUGCACCGGCUAGAACUGGAACACUGCUAUAGAAAGGAUGUGUCUGCCACAUGCCUUGCCUGGUUCAGUGAAGACAGACCAUUUGCAGUUGGCUAUUCAGACGGAAAAUUGCUCAUAGGAGCAAAGGAACCACUUGAAAAAGGAGGAAUCGUUCUAAUCGAUGCUCAUAAGGACAUGAUUGUUAGUAUGAAGUGGGAUCCAACUGGUAAGAUUCUCCUGACAUGUGCCAAAGAAGAAACAGUGAAGCUGUGGGGCUGCACGGGCGGGUGCUGGAGACGCCUGCACGCCCUGUCCCACCCAGCGCUUGUGAAUGGCAUUGCCUGGUGUGCGCUGCCAGGGAGAGGACCCAAGUUGCAGCUUUUACUAGCCACAGGAUGCCACAAUGGUUUAGUGUGUGUCUGGACUGUUCCCCAGGACAUAGUAAUGACACUGCAGCCCAGUUCAACGUGUUCAGAGGGUUGGUGGGACCAAGAGACAAGUGCCAAGGAUGGAUACAGAAAAGCAGCAGAAGUCAAGUGUGUGUUUCAGCUGAGAGGACACAUUACUCCUGUUCGGACUGUUGCGUUCAGCCCUGAUGGACUGGCAUUAGUAUCUGGUGGACUUGGUGGUCUCAUGAAUAUUUGGUCUUUACGGGAUGGUUCGGUGUUACAGAGUGUUGUGAUAGGUUCUGGAGCUAUUCAGACUGCGGUAUGGAUACCUGAAGUUGGAGUAGCUACUUGCUCUAACAGAUCAAAGGAUGUGUUGGUGGUGAACUGCACAUCAGAGUGGAUAUCUUCCAAUCACGUCCUUGCAACGUGUAGGACUGCGCUGAAACAGCAAGGAGUUCUGGGUUUAAACAUGGCUCCUUGCAUGCGAGCUUUCUUGGAACGUUUGCCAAUAAUGCUGCAGGAACAGUAUGCUUACGAGAAGCCCCACGUUGUUUGUGGAGACCAGCUCGUUCACAGUCCUUACAUGCAGUGCUUGGCAUCACUCGCUGUGGGCCUUCACCUAGACCAGCUCUUGUGCAAUCCCCCGGUGCCGCCUCAUCACCAGAACUGCCUCCCUGAUCCCUCAGCCUGGAAUCCCACGGAGUGGGCCUGGCUGGAGUGUUUCUCUACUACCAUAAAAGCUGCUGAAGCCCUGGCCAAGGGAGCGCAGUUUCCAGAAUCCUUUACUGUUCCAGACCUGGAGCCUGUUCCAGAGGAUGAGCUUACUUUCCUAAUGGAUAACAGUAAGUGGAUCAAUGGUAUGGAUGAACAGAUCAUGUCUUGGGCAACAUCAAGGCCAGAGGAUUGGCACUUGGGAGGCAAAUGUGAUGUGUACCUGUGGGGCGCAGGAAGGCACGGACAGUUAGCGGAAGCUGGUAGAAACAUCAUGAUACCAAUAGCAGCAUCUUCAUUCUCUCAGGCUCAGCAGGUUGUUUGUGGUCAGAAUUGUACUUUUGUCAUUCAAGCUAAUGGCACAGUUUUGGCCUGUGGAGAAGGGAGCUAUGGGCGACUGGGACAAGGAAAUUCUGACGAUCUGCAUGUGUUAACAGUCAUUUCAGCACUGCAAGGCUUUGUUGUAACACAGCUGGUGACUUCGUGUGGGUCUGAUGGACAUUCCAUGGCUUUAACAGAAAGCGGGGAAGUCUUUAGCUGGGGAGAUGGCGAUUACGGCAAACUGGGCCAUGGGAACAGCGACAGACAGCGCAGGCCUAGGCAAAUUGAGGCGCUGCAAGGAGAAGAAGUGGUGCAGAUGUCGUGUGGCUUCAAGCACUCAGCUGUGGUGACAGCAGAUGGGAAACUUUUUACGUUUGGAAAUGGUGAUUAUGGCCGUUUAGGACUUGGAAAUACUUCCAAUAAGAAACUUCCAGAAAGAGUGACGGCGCUGGAGGGUUACCAGAUUGGACAGGUGGCCUGUGGACUCAAUCAUACUGUGGCCGUGUCGGCUGAUGGCUCAAUGGUGUGGGCGUUUGGAGAUGGAGAUUACGGUAAACUUGGUUUGGGAAAUUCCACUGCAAAAUCCUCGCCGCAGAAAGUGGAUAUUCUUUGUGGAAUUGGAAUAAAGAAAGUUGCCUGUGGAACCCAGUUCUCUGUUGCACUGACAAAAGAUGGCCACGUGUAUACUUUCGGACAAGAUCGUCUGAUCGGUUUGCCAGAAGGUCGAGCUCGAAAUCACAACAGACCGCAGCAAGUCCCAGUGCUGUCAGGAAUCUUCAUUGAGGACAUAGCCGUGGGAGCGGAGCACACGCUAGCUUUGUCGUCUGCGGGGGAUGUGUACGCCUGGGGCAGCAACUCCGAAGGGCAGCUUGGACUGGGCCACACCAACCACGUCAGAGAACCAACCCUGGUAACGGUGCUGCAGGGAAAGAAUGUCCGACAGAUCUCAGCAGGGCGUUGCCACAGUGCUGCCUGGACUGCUCCGCCCGUUCCGCCGAGAGCCCCAGGUGUUUCGGUGCCUUUACAGCUUGGUUUGCCUGAUGCCAUUCCACCACAGUAUGGGGCGCUGAAGGAAGUGAGCAUUCACACCGUAAGAGCAAGGCUCAGACUGCUGUACCAUUUUUCUGACCUCAUGUACUCUUCGUGGAGAUUGCUCAACCUCAGUCCCAAUAACCAGAACAGUACAUCUCAUUACAAUGCUGGAACGUGGGGAAUAGUUCAAGGACAGCUAAGGCCCUUGCUCGCACCACGAGUGUACACGCUCCCCAUGGUACGCUCUAUCGGAAAAACGAUGGUUCAGGGGAAGAACUAUGGGCCACAGAUUACUGUGAAAAGGAUAUCAACCAGAGGUCGGAAAUGCAAGCCCAUUUUUGUACAGAUAGCAAGACAAGUGGUAAAACUGAAUGCAUCAGACCUUCGCCUGCCUUCCCGUGCCUGGAAAGUGAAACUGGUUGGAGAAGGAGCUGAUGAUGCAGGCGGAGUGUUUGAUGACACGAUUACAGAAAUGUGUCAGGAACUGGAAACUGGAAUAGUAGACCUGCUUAUUCCUUCCCCAAAUGCCACAGCUGAAGUAGGCUACAAUAGGGACAGGUUUCUCUUUAACCCUUCAGCAUGUUUAGAUGAACAUCUGAUGCAAUUUAAGUUCUUGGGCAUUCUCAUGGGGGUAGCUAUUCGUACAAAAAAGCCAUUAGAUCUUCAUUUGGCUCCAAUGGUCUGGAAGCAACUUUGUUGUAUCCCACUCAUCUUGGAGGAUUUGGAGGAGGUAGAUCUGCUCUAUGUGCAGACCCUCAACAGCAUUCUUCACAUUGAAGACAGUGGGAUUACCGAAGAAAAUUUCCAUGAGAUGAUUCCUUUAGAUUCUUUUGUUGGCCAAAGUGCCGAUGGAAAAAUGGUUCCCAUAAUCCCUGGAGGGAACAGCAUCCCGCUGACCUUUUCAAACAGGAAAGAAUAUGUGGAGAGGGCGAUUGAGUACAGACUCCACGAAAUGGACCGUCAGGUGGCUGCCGUAAGAGAAGGAAUGUCUUGGAUUGUUCCAGUUCCUUUGCUGUCUCUUCUGACUGCCAAGCAGUUGGAGCAAAUGGUCUGUGGGAUGCCAGAAAUAUCAGUGGAAGUUCUGAAGAAGGUCGUGCGAUACAGAGAAGUGGAUGAGCAGCACCAGUUAGUGCAGUGGUUCUGGCAUACCCUGGAAGAAUUUUCAAAUGAGGAGAGAGUCCUUUUCAUGAGGUUUGUGUCAGGAAGAUCUCGACUGCCAGCCAACACAGCUGAUAUCUCUCAGCGAUUCCAAAUAAUGAAGGUUGAUAGGCCUUACGACAGCUUGCCUACCUCACAGACUUGUUUCUUUCAACUGAGGCUCCCACCUUACUCCAGUCAACUAAUCAUGGCAGAGCGUUUGCGCUAUGCAAUCAAUAAUUGCAGGUCUAUAGAUAUGGACAAUUACAUGCUCUCACGGAAUGUGGACAAUGCAGAGGGCUCAGACACAGAUUAUUAACAUUCUGUGAACGAAAUCAUCUUCCUUUUACUACAAAUAGUGCCCUAAGUCCAGUUCAUUGUUGACAAAAUUUUACAGUAACCAUAGAUGUUUUAGAAGCAUAAAAAGAGAUGUUGAUAGACAGUGGCCACAUUUUAGUUACUCUAAAUGUAACAAAAAAUUAGAUGUUUUUAUUUUUUUGUGAUUGUAAAAAAGAAAAGAAAACAAAAAAGUAUGAUUGGUAAGUUUUUUUUCCUCCUUUUUUUGGUCACUUUUGAUAAGUUUGCAUGGAGACAUUUUGGUGCAUUUUUGUUGGGAAUAGUACAUUUGUAAGCCCUCUCACUGAACAUGAAGAGUUGUACAUUGUGUAUAAUUGUUCAUUAGCAAGGACAGUUUUACAUGAAUAUUCACAUAUUUAUUUUGUUUUAAUUUGAAUUGCCUGUGCAGGGUUCCUUAUGCAGAGAAAAAUAAAGCAAAUUCAAGAAUCA